AUGCAGUUGGAUCCCCAAGCAGUUCCAGUCACUCAAGCCCCAAGAAAGAUUCCAGCCAUGUUACGUGGCAAGUUGAAACAAGAACUCAAUCGCAUGGAAAAAGAACAAGUCAUUGUUAAAGUGGACAAGCCAACAGAUCGGUUACAUAAUCCGGUCAUUGUCGAGAAGCCCAAUGGGAAGGUUAGAGUCUGUUGGGACCCGAGAGAGCUCAACAAAUAUCUCAAGAGAGAAUAGUAGCAGUUACCAACAUGGGAAGAAAUAUCAAGCAGAUUACAUGGUGCAAUAGAUUUCUCAGCAUUUUAGAUGUCAAUCAAGGGUAUUGGCCGAUACCUCUGGAUGAUGAAAGCUCAAGAUUUACCACUUUCAACACCCCGUUUUGGCGGUACCGAUUCUUGAGAAUGCCUUUUGGUAGUCAUUAAGCACAAGAAAUAUUUCACAAGAGAAUCAACCAUCUAUUUGAAGAUCUUGAAGGAGUCGAGACCGAUAUAGAUGACAUAUUGGUUUCGGGAAAAACGAUCGAAGAGCAUGAUCAGAGAUUACAAGUUACCCUAGUCCGAACCAAGAUGAUCGGAAUAACCCUCAACCCUGACAAGUGCAAGUUUCGUGUAGCAGAGGUAACCUACCUUGGACACAAACUAACGGGAGAGGGAGUACAACCUGAUCAGACGAAGAUCGUGGCAAUCAACGACAUGCCAGCGCCGCAAGACAAAUUAGGAGCGCAGAGGCUACUUGGAAUGGUGAACUAUAUAGCCAAGUUUAUUCCAGGAAUGUCCGCGAUUACGGCACCAUUGAGAGAGCUGUUGAAGAAACAUGUUCCUUGGCACUGGACGGCGAAUCAUCAAGCUGCAUUUGAGAAAAUAAAAAGAAAUUCUUUCAACUGAUCGCGUUCUGAGAGACUAUGACGUCACGAAGCCAGUUGUACUACAAACAGGUGCCUCAAGUAAAGGUCUUGGUGCAGUAUUCUACGAUAUCAAAGCUUCUCAAGAUCGCAGACACUCUGUCAAGAGCUCAGUUGGCUGAAACUGCAGAAAUAAUCAGCGAGCAAGAUAUGAAAUCCCAAGUUCAUCUCCUUUAUGCAAAUCUACCAUGUUCCAGUGAAAUCUUUGAAGAAGUGCGCCAAGAAACAGCUCGACAUCCUGUGUCACAGAAGAUUAUACGAAUGAUUCGAGUGGUAUGGCCGCAGUCGAAGAAAGCUUUGCCCGAGGAUCUAAAAGAAUACUGGAAUCAAAAAUUGGAACUUAGUGAAACCCAAGGAAUCAUUCUCAAAGAUCAGAGAAUACUAAUACCAAUAGUCUUGAGAAGAAAGAUUGUGGACAAAUUGCACCAGGGUCAUCAAGGUAUUGAAAAGACGAAGCAACGAGCGAGACAAUCAGUUUAUUGGCCACGAAUCAAUAAAGACAUUGAAGAUUUGGUAUCAAAAUGUUCUCAUUGUGAAGAACUAAGAAAUGCUAAUCCAUAG